UUGUUUCAAACUAAGCUGCUAAAGUUUUUUUUUAGCCAACUAAUUUAAAAAUGGUUGAGAUGGACGAGUUGGAGAGAGAGCAACUGCGCAAGAUUUUCGUCGGAGGACUGUCCAUCGAAACCACAGACGAAAGCCUGAAAUCCUAUUUCGAGAAAUUUGGCACCGUAGUGGAGGCGGUGGUCAUGAAGAACACCAAAAACAAGCGCUCCCGCGGCUUUGGUUUCGUCACAUUCAUGGAGUGCUCCAUGAAGGAAAACGCUCAGAGAAUUGAGCACACCAUCGACGGAAACAUUGUGGCCUUGCGAGAGCCUUACCAGCGCCGUGUGUUGAAUCCCGAUUUGGAUCGAUCCCUAUGGUAUCAGAAACGACGCCGAAAGAGACUAAGACCCAAUCACGGAAUUCAUCGUUCGCGUGGUCCGAAAAGAAAUAAUCUCAAAAAGAAAACAACCGUUGAGAUGGUGCCAGAAGCACUUGGAAACCAACUUCCAAACUAAGUGUAAAAACUACAGGGACAGCGAUAAAAUCCUUGACAUAACCCUCCGCAUCGCCAAGCUGAUAAAUUUUUAAAAACCAAAUCUUAAAAAGACACUGAAAUAUUUAUACACCGGAUUCAACUAACAGUUGAAUUAAAAUCAUGAAUUUAAUUUCGGUAAUCUGAAGUAUUGAAAACCCUCAUUAACAAAUAUUUAAUACGACAGGACCUUGAUACAAUACUUAAAACACUUCACAUUAGAGAUCUAAUGACCGAAACAACUCAAUCAUUAUCUGCAGGGUAGAAACUAAAUUAAUGUACAUUCAUAUAAGCAUCCCCAGGAUCUCGUAUAUAUUAAGUUGAUAAUAUAACUAAAGCGAAAAUGUAAACUAUAUAUUUUGAUAGAAAUAAUUUGUCUUUAAUAAAUUCAUUUUCGAAUAUCUAAGAAUGUCUAGUAUCAACAAACAAAUAUAAUUGUAAUACAAUUUGAUAAUAUUAAGAAACAAACUUUGAUUCUUUACUCGAUUUUUAAGGAUAUAACAAUAAGGGCCUCGUACCCUAACACCAUUAUUAUUGCAUUUUAUUUAAAAAGAAAUAAGCUUACGAC